AUGAAGCCUCGCCGGUCGAGCUCCACGGACUCAGGAUCUGAGUCCUCAGAAGUGGACUGCAAGAGCCCGGAGAAGUACGAGUCCACCACGCGUCGGAGGAUGGCUGCCAACGCCAGAGAGAGGAAGAGGAUGCAGGGGUUGAACACGGCCUUCGACCGCUUACGGAAGGUGGUCCCGCAGUGGGGGCAGGACAAGAAACUGUCCAAGUAUGAAACCCUGCAGAUGGCUCUCAGCUACAUCAUGGCACUCAACCGGAUCCUGACGGACACCAAAAGGCACAACAGUGCCCACAGGCAGUGGGUGGACUUGCAGUUUGACUCUGUGCAGCCUGAUAGCUACCAGUGCCUCACAAGGUUGGAAUCCAUGGGGCAGGACUAUAUCAACUCUUCUUUCUCUUACCAGUUUGAUGGACAUCAGCUCCAUGUAUAA